AUAUAAUAUUGAUCCUAACUCGAGCAGCACCCGGAAUUCUCGCCCUUUUAUCUUUCCUGUGAUGAAAAAAGCUAUUGAGGACCUAUUCACUCAAGAUCAUAUUUCGGGAGAAGAUAUUGAGGUUUUCCAGGAAAAAUACUGGGAGCAGAUGGUUCCAAACUUUAGCCAAGCCCUUAAGCUUCUCGACAUACAUAGUAUAAAUAGACACAACGUCCUUUGGAACAUUAAUGACAGGCUUCUUGAGACGAUCAAAAAUAAAAUUGAAUCGAAGUCUGAUGAUAAAGAUAAGAAAGUGCAGAGGCUGUGGCAGAGACUGAUAAAAACAGGGAUGGUCUAUAUUCAUCAUCCAUACAUGCGCUCACUUAUCAUGCAAGUCCUAGGAAAGAUGCAUUCUAUCAAAGAUAGGCAUGUUUAUUUAAUUGUUGACAGCAAGUAUCUUUACGACGAUGCUCCCUUGCCAGUUCUACGUCAUAUAUGGUCAGCUCAUCCGCAAAAGUUUCGUGAAGAGUUCGAUAAAGUUUUAGUAUCUUAUCAAAACAAUUGGAUGGAAUCCAUGCUCGAUUCCUUGUAUGCUGCAAUUACUUCCUCUACUUCCGCUUCUGCUGACUUGCUGCCUAUGAUAUAUUGGCCGCCUAGACGUCGUCGUAAGGAUCCCUCGGUAGUCCGUAUUGUGGAAAUGAUAGGAGAUAAACAGGUUCUCUAUGAAAAAGCUGUUACCAUACUUCGAGAGGAAUGCAUAAACCUGGAAACGGCACUCGCUGAACAAGCAGUCGGAGCUCCCGGAGUCACACAGAUUUCGUCCUUAUGCCUUUCAAAUUCUCAGAAUCCCGCUAGGAAACGGAAAGUUGAGCAGGCUUUGGAAGUAGACGAAACUUACUUGGGUAAACCUAGUUUCAUCUUGCAGCCAUUUACAUCCCCUGCACUUCUGCCCAACCAACAAGCAAUUGCCUCUUCUGCACUUUCGACCCUUCGUUUUGAUCUUUUGAUGAGCUUAAAUGAGGCUAAAAAUGUCCAGCUCUGCGUACCGGAUGCUAUUCAUCGAUUUGUUUGGUGUAUGGAUGCUUGCAUCCGUACUCGAAGAAUUGAUCGACGACAUGCAAGUGAAAUGGCUUACCAUCUUGAACUACAACGUUCAAGAUGGCGCCGAAAAAAGGAAUCAUCUUUUUCAGCAUCGUCAUUUGUUGAAGAAGUACGAAAGACCGAAUGUGUAUAUCCAGUGAGAUCUUAUAGUGGAGCCCAAGAUAGUGAUCCUGUUGAAGAGUGUCCUACCAGGCCCAGGGGGCGAAAUAAACACAAACUUGAUGAUAAACUUUUAACAUUGGAUCAUAAGACAGAGGUGGAGGACGACUCUUCUCUUGAACUUGGUGACGCCAAGAAAGCCUGUCUAGAACAUAAUGUAUUGGAGCGAUUAAUUGUAAAAAUUAUGCACAUUACUUGA